AAAAGAGGAAGCUUCUCAAUAUCCCGCAAAAGCAGAUUUGCGCGCUCUUCUGCGUCCGAAACGAGAGCCCUUCUUCUUCUAAAGCCUUGCGAUUCACAAGCUCUCUGCCAAAUAUGGAGAGAGAGGCGAGCGAAGUGGGUUCUGAUGAUAUCUCCGAUGAACCGAUCGAGGCUCUUAUGAGCCGGUUAAAGUCCAUGGUAGAGCAAAAUGGGAAGUUCUAUAAGAAGAACGUAGAGUGUAUAUCGAGUUUGAUGUCUCAGAUCAAGUCAAUGUAUGAUGAAUUGAAGUCAGAACAUGAGAAGAACAGUCAAUCUCUUGUGGAGUUACUUCAACAGAGUUUCGGAGAAUGUGAAAAUAGUGUCGGAAAUGCAACCGUCAAGUUCCAUGAACUUAACGAGAAGUUUUGUGAGGAUAAAGCUUCUCAUCAGCAAGCCCCUUUGCAGGCUUUAGAUGAUAUUUUUUCCAAAUUUGAGGAGGAGAAGGAAAGGCUCUUCAUGCAAUAUGAACAAAUAAGAAAGAAGGAGAAGUCUAUGAUAUCUGCAAUUGCUGAUAAGGUCGCCAAACUGGAUAAGUCCUUGAAAAUACAAAAAGAGAUUGAAGAGGAAUUCAAAGUGUUGGUGCAGACACUUUGCUUAAGUCUAUGGACGCCUCAGGUUCCCACCAUAAGGGAGAGCCUAAUAUAAUUGUGCUUGGAGCACAACGCCAGGCAGGUCUUUCGACAUUAAGAUUUUGGGUUUGGCGACAUGAACGAGCUAUCAUAAAUUAUAAAUAAGAAAAGGACAUUGUAUAAUCUCUUACUUUGCACUUCUACCGUUGGACAUGUAAUAAUGUAAUUAUGGUGGUGCCUGAUAUACUUUUGCUUGAAGCACAACGCCAGACAUUCUUCCAUGUCUUUCAACAUGAAGAUUUAGGGCUAGACUCAGUUCUUGUUGCAAGGCAAUUGAGCAAUGGUGGCGCACGUUUCUCCUUC